AAGAUCAGUCCUUGCCCGUUUCUCUGCCAUGGCCCAACCAUUUUUCUUCCUCCUCUUCCCCCUCACCUACUUCACUGGUGCCUUGGCCCAGUUCACCAUGACUCAGCCACCUUCGCUGUCGGUAUCCCCUGGAGGAACAGCCAGGAUCACCUGUACCAGGGCAGGUGGUGGCAUUUCUGGCUCGUUUGUGAGCUGGUUUCAAAAGAAACCUGGCACUAAACCAGUACUAGUGAUCUAUCAACAUAGUGAGAGACCUUCUGGAAUCCCUGAGCGAUUUUCUGGUUCUGUUGAUUCUUCCUCCAAUUCGGCCACUUUAUCCAUUUCCAACGUUCGACCAGAAGACGAGGCUGUCUAUUAUUGUUUGUCUUAUCAUGGCACUUUGCCCCCCACACUCAACUUAAGCGUGAGGAGAAGAGGUCCACCUAGAAGGAACGUUGGUUUCAGAAGAUCAGUCCUUGCCCAUUUCUUUGCCAUGGCCCAACAAUUUCUCUUCCUCGUCUUCCUCCUCACCUACUUCACUGGUGCCUUGGCCCAGUUCACCAUGACUCAGCCACCUUCUCUGUCCGUAUUCCCUGGGGGAACAGUCAGCAUCACCUGUACCAGGGAAGGGGGCAGCUUUUCUGACCACUAUGUGAGCUGGUAUCAGCAGAAACCUGAUACUAAAAUCCUAGCAGUGAUCUAUGAAGAUAGUAAGAGACCUUCUGGAAUCCCUGAGCGAUUUUCUGGUUCUGUCGAUACUUCCUCUAAUACAGCCACCUUGUCCAUCUCCAACGUUCAACGAGAAGAUGAGGCUGACUAUUUCUGUUUGUCUUAUGAUAGCAAUUCUCAGAGCACAGUGAUUCCACCUUAUGGGGAACUGUGAC